AUGGCCGUGAAAAGAAGCGGCGGAGUGGCAGAACCAGAGACGUUCGACAUGGCGAAAUGUCUGGUCUACCUCUCCCACGGUCUUAACGCCGUUAAUUCCACUUCCAAGCCCUCCCCCGCCGCAUUCGAAUGCAAGACCUGCAACCGGACCUUCCCGUCCUUCCAAGCUCUGGGGGGCCACCGGGCCAGCCACGGGAGGCCCAAGAAUUUACUGGGCUUGGGCCGCAACGCGGCGUCCAAGCUGGCAUCGAGGAAGCCCAAGAUGCACGAGUGCUCCAUUUGCGGGGUCGAGUUUGCGUUGGGCCAGGCUUUGGGCGGUCACAUGCGGAGGCAUCGAGCAGCUCCGGUGGCCACCAGGAGCUCUGGUGGUGACGUGGCUCCUCCUUUGGCGGUGGGACCGGGAUCGAACGAGGUGGCUGUGCUGCUGAGGAGGUCGAGUAGUAGUAAACGCGUCUUCUUUGGGCUGGAUUUGAAUCUGACGCCGUUGCAGAACGACUUGGAGUAUUUGUUUGGGAAAAUUAGGGCUCCCAAAGCGCCUCCAUUUGAUCCUUCUGCCAAACUCUCUUCAUAA